CCUACCGUAAAAACUCGAUCUCUCUCUCUCUCUCCACUCUUAGAGAAAACUCCCACAGGCGCCCCCGCCCUCCUCCUAACACCGACCUCCGACGAGUGCCGACCAGGACGAACGCCAGCGCUCGUGUCUCCUUCGUCGUCGCCGGUGGCUAGAUUUCGCUAGAAAAAACAGAGAAACCCCAACACUUUUACGACGAUUUUGGGUUGUUGUGGAAUUGAACCAUUCUUGGUGGGUAAUCUGACCAUAUCUUGUGCAUUUCGAUGUUGAAUUUGGUUAAUUUCAUCUGGGUUAUAGUGAAUUUAAACUCUUAGGACGAUAUAUGGUUUGUGGGUUUGUGUGGUUGAACCGUUUGAUUAGCGUCGUGAGGUGGCGUUGGUCCGGCCUGGCGGUUUUGGUGAGGCUUUCAGAGGUGGUGAUGGGUUUUUUUCUCAGAUUCCCGGUGGGGUUUGGCAUGAGCGGUGGCGGCGUGGUCCGACUCUGGGCGGUGAAGUUUGUCUCAGGUGGCGGUGGUUUCAUGGAAAAUCUGAAGGUGCGGUGGGGUUUGGCCUGGGCGGUGAAGCUUCUCAAAAGAGUGACUUUCUACGACAACCUCACAGAAGACUCGCUCAAAUUUUUUAACCCAUCCUAAAGAUGUGUCAGAUGGGUCAGAAAUCAGAAUGACCCGACCCAAGUAAGACCCAAAAAUAAUUUCGGCCGAGGAACAACGUGUCACAGAUAUAUAUAUGGAGUUAAUUUAAGAUUUAGCGCCAACUUGCUCAACUCAAACAGAUACAAUCAAUCUCCCUCCCACCUCAAAGAUUCGUCUCUCCUUCCUCAAAGAUUUGUCAUCUCUGCUUGCAACUCGCAAAAAUGGUGAUUACCGUCCACAUCUCACCGAGCCUGUUAAUGGAAAUAUAUGAAUUUCUGAAGCUAGUGAGGGAGUACAACAACGGAGAAUUAUGUGAUCCUUUUAAGCAAAUACUUCAAGAUUUCGAUGAACAAAGGAAUAACCUUGAUGAAGCUUCUUUAAGAGUUCACGAGUUAUUCAAGGAUUACAUUCAACUUACUCAAGGUUACAAUGGUCUCAGAAAGCGAGUCAUGUUAAACUACUAUCAUGCCAAACUCUGGGAUCGUUUUGGCUUUAUCGAUAGCCAGCGUUAUUUAGACUAUUUUAAAAUUCUCCGAAGCUAUCGUAGUGGGCAGAAGAGCAUGAAGAAAAUGGUAGAAGAGCUAGCCAUACUUUUUGCUGGUCAUAUGGAUUUAUUCUUGGAGUUCUGUGAAUUCUUACCUUGUGACUUUGAUUUUGGUGAUUGAGAAAAGGCCAUCAUCAUGGAAAGUUCAAAAACUCAAACAUGUUCCAAUGAUUUACUUUUUUUUUGUUUCUUCUUGUAUUUUUACUUUUGUGGUUUGGUAGGACUUAAUUCCUGUAAGAGAGAUUCA